AUGGGAGAUCGAGGAAGAGGUAUUCCUAAGAUAUGUAGAUGUGGAGAAGCUGUGGUAAUGAGGACAGCAAACACUGACUGGUUUCACACGUUUAAAUGGAUCGAUGUUAGUGUUUAUGAAGAGAUGGAAGAUAUGAUUGAAAAAGUGGAAACCGGUGAAGGGGAUUCAAUGACAUUUCGAAAGAGACUUAAUAAAUGUGAAAACGAGAUUGAGAAUCUGGAAAUGGAGACCCGUGUGUGUGAAACUGUUGUUGAGAAGGAGGUCCAAGAAUGCAAAAUGCAGCUCCGGAGCUUGAAGAACAUUUCGGGUUUGUGUUGGUGA